AUGCGCAGAGCCCCGUGCAUAGGGGUGGCGACGCCGCGAGGAGCGGGGUCGCGGAAGAGAACAGGUGAUGGUUGUAUGACCACGCAGUCGCGAACCCAUGCCGAAGGCACGGCCCGCGAGUUUGUGGUGUGGGCAGCAAUGCUGCCGCGCACAUGGAUUCGGCUCCCGUGGUCCAUCGCAAGGGAGAUACCGCCAAGGGGGCCCGUGGAGCUGUGGCUGCAGCAUGACGGGUGCUGCGGCCAAGCUUCAGAAGCAGAGGUCGAGGUCGUCGAGUCCGGCGACGUCUUCAUGACUCGAGGAUGGGGCGUGAUCGCCUGCGCCUGCCACCCGGAGGGAGGUCACGCCAUCCACUUCGAGUAUGAUGGGGCGUCGACACUCUUCUUCAGGGUCUUCGGUGAGGAUGGUCGGCGCCUGGGAUGUUGCUCCGGGCGAGGUGGUCGAGGCGGCGAGCUUGCCCUUGGCCUUGUCAGCGAUUCUUCCGACAGCAACAGCGCCUCCUGA